AUGGAUAUAGUUAGGCUUCAAACCGUUUUUGGUGCAACUGGCCUACAUGGCGGUUCAGUGAUCGACUAUGUGUUGAACGACCCAGAGCUUUCACAGCAGUAUAGGAUCCGUGCUAUAACCCGGAACGUCGAUUCAGAGAAGGCUCAACAGCUCAAGGAGAAGGUCGAGGUUGUCCAGGGUGACGUGCUCAGCCAAUUCUCCCUGAAGGAAGCUCUGAACGACGCGCACACCAUCUUCGCCAUGACAACGCCUACCCCUGACCCGGAUGGGCUGGAAACAGAGUAUCAAAGUGCUAAAACAAUUGCUGACGUCACCAUUGAGAAAGGUGCAGAGUACAUUAUCUUCGGCACUCUGCCACCAGUUAGCGAGAUCUCUGGCGGCAAGUACACCCAAGUCACCCCGGUCGAGGCCAAGGCGCAAAUCUAA